AUGGGAAUUUAUGGAGAGACUGUGACAGUCUCUCCAGAGAUGGUUCGGGAAUUUAAAUGGAAGAGAAUGAAGGCUGUGGAGUCGAUGACACCCCCCUCCUCCUCCUCCCCAUUUCCUCGUCCUCAUCCUCUUCACACACCUCCUUCAUUUCCCCCAUCUUCUCCUCCUACCCUCUCCUCCUCCUCCUCCUCCCCAUCUCCUCCACCUCACCCACCUCCUCCUCCUCCCCCAUCUUCUCCUCUUCCUCUUCCCCCAUCUUCUCUUUCUCUUCCCCCACCUCCUUCUCCUCCUCUUCCUCACCUCCUCCCCUAUCUUUUCCUUCUCCUCCUCCACCUUCUUUUUCCCCAUCUUCCCCUCUCCUCCCCACCUACCCACCUCCUUCUCCUUCUCCUCCUUCCCACCAUCUCCUCCUCCUCCUCCCCAUCUCCUCCCCACGUCUCCUCCCCCUCCACCUCCUCCUCCUCGUCCUCCUCCUCUUCCCCACUCCCCACCCCCCUCCCCCCUCCUCCUCCUCCUUCCUCCUCCUCCAGUCACCCCCUCCUCCUCCUCCCCAUCUCCUCGUCCUCGUCCUCUUCACCCACCACCUCCUCCUCCCCCCUCUCCUCCUCGCUCUCCUCAUUCCUAUCUUCUCCUCCCCCACCACCUCUCCUCCCGCUCUCCUGCACGUCCUCCUCCUCUUCCCACAUAUUCUCCUCUUCCUCUACCUCCCUCUCCUCCUCCUCCUCCUCCUCCUCCAGCGGUCAGUCAGCCAAAUGGAGAAGGGCAAUGUCACGAAGCAAACUGAGCCAAGAAUUCGAGUACCUUCUGAUCUCAAAGACGGUCUUCGGACGGUCUCAAUUCUCCUGCAUGGUGCCUGGUGCUGCCAAGACACCCCCAUCCUCCUCCUCCCCAUUUCCUCGUCCUCAUCCUCUUCACACACCUCCUUCAUUUCCCCCAUCUUCUCCUUCUAUCCUCUCCUCCUCCUCCUCCUCCCCAUCUCCUCCACCUCACCCACCUCCUCCUCCUCCCCCAUCUUCUCCUCUUCCCCCGCCUCCUUCUCCUCCUCUUCCUCACCUCCUCCCCUAUCUUUUCCUUCUCCUCCUCCACCUCCUCUUUCCCCAUCUUCCCCUCUCCUCCCCCAUUUUCUCCUCCCCACCUACCCACCUUCUUCUCCUCCUCCUCCUUCUCCUUCCCACCAUCUCCUCCUCCUCCUCCCCAUCUCCUCCUCCUCCCCAUCUCCUCCUCGUCGUCCUCCUCCUCCCCAUCUUCUCCUCCCCUUCACCUCCUCCUCCUGGUCCUUCUCCUCUUUCCCAUCUUCUCCUCCCCUCCCCACCUCCUCCUCCUUCCUCCUCCAGCGGUCAGUCAGGCAGUCAGUCGUUGGAAUUCAUAAGCGGUCGGAGGAAAUUUUCGCCUCGUCAACUUAAUCAGAAGGACUCCAACUUCGGGCUCAGACUUCCCUCCUCGAGGUCCUUCAAGUUGGCGAGGUCAUUCCCAUUCCCCCUCCAACUUAAGCUGCCGCCGCCAAUCCCUAACACCUAA